AUGAUUGCAGCAAUUGGAAGGACAACAUGGUGGCAUUUACCUUGUUUUACUCACUCAUUAAACCUUGUGGUGCAAACAACUAUCCGUAAUGAUGACCAUCUCACCCAUGUUCAACAGAAAUGUAAAGACACUGUGUCUCAAUUCCAUAGGAGUGUCAAGUCAGCUGAAAAGCAACGAGACAUACAAAAGCAGCUGUCACUGCCUGAACAUAAACUUGUGCAGGAAGUGACAACGAAAUGGAAUUCCACUUACAUGUACCUCAUGUUUCAGAGAAUUUUUGAGCAAAAAGAUGUGCUCACAACAGCUCUCUGCUUGACUGACCAGAACCAUCUCUGCCUCAUAGAUGACAAAAAGUCACUAAUAUCAGAUUCACUCUCUGUAUUGGGCACAUUCCUUGAGCCUACAGUGAAUAUAUUGGGGAAUAAAUAUAUCACAACAUCACUGAUUAUUCCACUUGUCAACUUACAAAAGGCCAUGAUUUCUCAUAACUCAAUCCCCCUAGCUACAAAGCUCUUGAGUGAAUUGCCUCAUAGUUUUGCUCCUGUUGAGGGAGCAUUCAUUACUGCUGUAACAACACUACUAGAUCCUAGGUUCAAGAAACUGCCUUUUUCCACAGCAGCAUCAUCAGAUCACGCAGUCAGCCGAAUUACAAAUGAGGUAGCCAACCUACUUACUGCAUCCACAACUACAUCAGAGAGCGAUGAAGUAUCUCCUAGUCAUGCCGAUGGUCUGACUACAGUUGCUUCUUCUAGUCUUUGGAACUCAUUUGAUGCUUCGGUAUAUGACUCUACAAGCCACAAGAGGGCCCAGUCUCAGAACACUAUCGAAGUACGAAGAUUCUUUGAAGAGCCUAAAAUAGAUAGGACCAGGGAUCCCUCUCAAUUGUGGAAGCAGGACGAAGCCUGGUUUCCAUACUUAAAUCAAAUUGCCUGUAAAUACUUAUGUAUUCCGGGUUCAUCUCUACCUUCAAAAAGGCUCUUUUCAAACGGUGGACAACUGGUUUUUGAGAUACGUAGCAGGUUGAAACCAGAGAACAUCGACAAGAUGGUAUUCCUAAAUCAAAACCUUUAA